GGCCGCCCUCCUCCCCUUCCUCUCGCGCCCGGAACCCGGCCGCGCGUGGGUCGCUGCAGCCAUGGAGUACAUGGCGGGGCCGGCGGCCCCCACCCAGGGCAACAUCCUCUGCUGCCAGUGCGGCGUGCCCGUCCCGCCCAACCCGGCCAACAUGUGCGUGGGGUGCCUGCGGGCCCAGGUGGACAUCACCGAGGGCAUCCCCAAGCAGGGCACCCUCCACUUCUGCAAGCAGUGCGAAAGGUAUCUUCAGCCUCCAGGAACCUGGAUUCAGUGUACCUUAGAGUCAAGAGAGCUUCUCGCUUUGUGUCUCAAAAAAAUCAAAGCUUCGCUGAGCAGGGUCCGGCUGAUCGAUGCAGGCUUUAUUUGGACGGAACCACAUUCUAAGAGGCUGAAGCUGAAACUGACUGUUCAGAAAGAGGUCAUAAAUGGAGCAGUUCUUCAGCAAGUAUUUGUGGUGGAAUAUAUAGUUCAGCCUCAAAUGUGUGAAGACUGCCAUAGGAUUGAGGCUAAGGAUUUCUGGAAAGCUGUAGUGCAAGUCAGACAAAAGACUCUGCACAAGAAGACUUUCUACUAUUUGGAGCAGCUGAUUUUAAAACACAGGCUUCAUCAAAAUACACUUCGCAUUAAAGAAAUCCAUGAUGGCCUGGAUUUUUAUUAUUCUUCAAAGCAACAAGCCCAGAAGAUGGUAGACUUUCUUCAGUGUACAGUUCCAUCUAGAUGUAAAGCAUCCCAACGUUUGAUGUCACAUGAUAUUCAUAGUAAUGUCUACAAUUACAAAAGCACUUUCUCUGUGGAAAUUGUUCCAAUAUGCAAGGACAGUGUUGUAUGUCUGUCACCAAAACUGGCACAGAGUCUUGGUAACAUGAGCCAGAUCUGUGUGUGCAUUAGAGUAACAAGUACCAUCCACCUCAUCGAUCCUAGCACUCUGCAGAUUGCUGAAAUUGAUGGAAAUACCUACUGGCGCCACCCUUUCAAUAGCUUGUUCCACCCAAAACAACUAGAGGAAUUUAUCAUCAUGGAUAUCAAUAGGGUUCAAGACAAGAAAAAAGGUGCAGGUGCAGGGCCAAGAUCAAACAAGCACACGCUGGCUGAAGCCUGGGUACAGAAAACCUCGGAGUUGAAUACAGACCAUCAGUAUUUCUGCUGUACUCACUUGGGACACAUUCUGAAUCCUGGUGACCUUGUCUGGGGAUUCGACUUGGCGAACUGCAACUUAAAUGACGAGUUUGCCAAUAAGAUGAACCCACACAAUAUUCCUGAUGUGGUAUUAAUAAAGAAGAGCUAUGACCGUACCAAACGCCAGCAUCGCAGAAACUGGAAGCUGAAACAGCUAGAAAGGGACAGAGAAGGCAUGGAUACAGAUGAUGAAAGACAAUACCAGGAUUUUCUGGAAGAUCUUGAAGAAGAUGAAGCCAUAAGGAAGAAUGUCAACAUUUACAGAAAUGCAGAUAUUCCAGUGGAGAGCGAUACAGAUGAUGAUGGUCCUCCACGAAUCAGUCUGGCUGAAAUGCUAGAGGAUCUCCAUAUUUCCCAGGAUGCCACUGGUGGGGAGGGAGCAAAUAUGAUGACAGAAUAAGAAUAGUGCAGUAGUCAACACAAUAAAAAUUCCCUUAAUGAGGAAAAAGUACCCAAAACAUAAGUAAACAUAACAAACUGAUCACAUGAACAUGAAAAGUAAUGUGAUAGCUACCACUAUACUCCUAAAUAAUGGCCCUAAAAUUGUAUUUUAUAUGUAUCUUCUAGAGAAUCAGCAAUUAAAGUUAGGUUUCUGGUGCAAGCAUUUUAAUGUAAGUUGCAGUGGGAGUUCCUCCCAUCCCCAAGUGCUCUCUCCUUGCAACUUCUGCAGUGUAAAGGCCAGCUGACUAACUUCAGGGUUAUCCAUUGGGAGUAAUCAUUGUCUUGUGCUGAAGACAGCUAAUAAGGAAGGAUGUCCAGAGGGAGAGAUUUUAUCCCUGUUUGCUAGAUUUGUAGGUAGAAUUCCUACCUACUGUUUAUUGCUUUCAUUUCUUCACAUGAGAAGGAUUUUUCCUCCUUAAUCUUUUCGGUACAAUGGUUUGAAGCCUUUCAUGAUAUUUCUAGAUAUUCCAUAUAACAAUAUUUUGGGGAAGCUCAAGAAUGUAUCUUCUGUUCCUUUGGUAAGGGAAAGGCUAAUGUACAUGUUGUGUACUCAGAAGAACUUCUCUGUAAAUUGAUUGAAGAUGCAGCCCUUCAUCAGAAAGAUUGGAAACUUCUGUUAAGUAUAAUUAGUAUUAUAUUGUAUUUUACUAUGUUCCAUUCCUGUAGCAGUGGAUUAAAAGCAAUAUGCAUAAUGUCUUAAUAUACCAGGUCUGAACUAUUAAAAAACUACAGAUA